AAAACUUGGGAUCGACGUUUAUUGCUCUGCCUUCUCUCUGUCUCAAAAACUCGCUCAUAAUUCUUUCGAGGGAGAAAGCAAUUUACGCCAUCGUGACUCUUAGAGACGUUUCCACCUACUGCCAAAUCAACAAAAAAAGGUAUUUUGAUCUCUCAAAUAUGUGUUUCUUUGAAUCUGAGUCUGAACAAAUCUCUGUUAAAGCAGUACCUCUUUACCUGAAGCGACAAGGCUUUCACCCGAGGAAUCCUGAGGAUUUUGGAGAUGGUGGUGCCUUCCCUGAGAUCCAUGUUCUUCAGUGCCCUCUUGGUUUGGGUUGUCUUCGUAGUAACAACAAGCCUGAAUCCAUGGUUUUGCCUGUUACCGUGGAUGCACUUGGAAACGUGGUCUUUGACGCCAUCGUGAGGCAGAAUGACAACUCGAGAAAGAUUGUUUACUCUCGAUAUAGUGAUCUUAUUCCAAAGAUGCUCAAAGACGAGGUAGAUAUGAAUGUUGUGAAGAAGGAUACUACUACUCAAGAAACAAGAGCUGCCAUUGAUAAGAUUGUGAAUGCAGCAAUGCCUAUGAAUGUUGUGAAGCAGUCAGAUGGCCCAAAGUACAUUAAAUACAAGCCAUCCCUGCAGCAAUCUGCAGCAUUCAAUUCCGGUGCUAAAGAGAGGAUCGUUAGGGUUUCAGAGAUGCCUGUAGAUCCACUUGAUUUACCAAAGUUCAGACACAAGCGUGUUCCAAAGCCUUCCGGUUCUUCAGAUGUUGUUCCUGUCAUGCAUUCACCGCCUAGGCCUGCUACUGUCAAGGAUCGACAAGACUGGAACAUCCCGCCUUGUAUUUCCAACUGGAAAAACCAGAAAGGUUAUACAAUCCCUCUUGAUAAACGUCUUGCAGCUGAUGGAAGAGUCUUACACGAGGAUCAGAUCAGUGAUAACUUUGCCAAGCUGUCAGAGUCGCUCGAUGUGGCUUCAGAGAUAGCUAGAGAGACUGUUUCAUUGCGGUUAAAAGUUCGAAGAGAGAUGGAUAUGAAGGAGAAGGAAAGGAAAGAGCAGGAGUUGAGGGCUCUUGCUCAAAAGGCUCGUUCUGAAAGAAACGUUGCUGCAAGUGAGAGUCUUGAUGAUGUCCCAAGAGGGGAUCGCGAGAGUGAAAUGGAAAACGAAGGGCGGAUUCAGAGAGAGAAUAUUCGUGAAGAGCGUCGUAGGGAAAGAGAGAAGGAGAACAGAAGGAUGGAAGUCAAGAAGAGCAAGAUCACAAGGGACAGAGACCGUGAUGUCAGUGAGAAGGUUGCUCUUGGAAUGGCAAAUACAGGAGGAAGAGGCGGUGAAGUUAUGUAUGAUCAACGACUGUUUAACCAGGAGAAAGGAAUGAGCUCUGGUUUUGCUACUGAUGACCAGUACAAUGUAUAUGGCGAAGGGUUGUUUACUGCACAAGCUACUCUUUCAACGCUAUACCGCCCAAAGAAGAAUAUGGAUGAUGAUAUGUAUGGAAGUGCAGACGAGAAGCUCGAUAAGCUCAAGAGCACUGAUAAGUUUAAACCUGACAAAGCUUUCAGUGGUCUGGUUUCCGAGAAGACGGGAAAGAGAGGCAGACCUGUUGAGUUCGAGAAGGAAGAUGAACAAGAUCCUUUCGGUCUUGUCCAGUGGGCGUCAGAUUUGAAGAAAGGUAAGACUGACAAAACCAGGUCUGGAGGAAAUAUGUGAGAGGAGGUUGCUCUUCAAGGAAUGGCUUUGGUGGUUCUGGUCGGACCUAGAUCAAUUCCAAACGUGGCAGCUGAAGUCUGGACUCCUCUGCUCAGCAUCUUUAUCUUUGAUUCAGUAUAACUUCAUAACCUUUUUUUUUUAUCAUUGGCGUUAACUUUAAGGUCUUGUUUGAUCAAAUGUGCUCUUUUUUUUUUUUCAAGUCUCUUUUUCUCUUUAGAAUU